AUGAGACCUGUUACAGUUGGAAUUGUGUCGAUCGGAGACAUGGGCCUAGGCAUGGCCAAACUCCUAAAAGCCCACGACUACCGAGUCGUCACGGUCGCGGAAGGAAGAAGGUACGACGCCAGAGAGGGAAACCACAGCCGAGCACUAACGGCCGCCAGUGAACACACAGUGGCGCGAAUCCAUUCAGCAGGGAUCGAGAUUCUUCCUUCAGACCAAGCGCUAGUAAUCCAAGCUGACUACGUACUUUCGAUCGUACCUCCCCGGAACGCAGUGGCGACCGCCCAACGAAUAGCAGAUGCAUACGCACAGCCGUCGACCGGCAGUCUCCGAGAGGCGCUGGAAGACUUGGAAAGCAAGCCGAAGCGGUCCAAGCUAUACUACCUUGAACUCAACGCGGUACCCGCACGACUGGCGUCGGAGAUGGCGGCGCUAUUCCACGAACCAACCACAACGACGGAUUCAGGCCGAGGGUGCCACUUCCUCGAUGGCGGAAUCAUUGGCGGGCCGCCAUCACAAAGCACGCAAGACGGGAGCACCUGGAAGAAACCUAGCGUGGUGUUGUCGGGGGUGGUGGAUCUGGCCCCUGCUUUUGCGACGCUGGCGGACGUCCUGAAUAUCAAACUUGUCUCGCCUCGGAUUGGCGCCGCGUCCACACUCAAACUAUCCUUCGCUGCAUUGACAAAAGGUCUCACCGCACUGUCUAUUCUGUCUUUCUCCACUGCGCAGAAGGAGUCGAUGUUGCCGGAGUUGUUGACAUUGCUGGAGGAACAUUCCCCACGUACUGCUGCGCUCGCGACGAAUGGAGUGAUUGGUAUGAGCCCCAAGGCAUACCGGUGGGAGGAUGAGAUGCGUGGGAUCGGGGAGACGUUUGAUGCCGAGGGUGGGUGGAAUGGGGUCGGAGCCGGUGUUUAUGGAGGAUUUGCUGAGAUCUAUCGGACCAUUGCGGAAGAUACCGUCUUAGGCGAGGAGAGAGUGGAGCAUCGAGUGCGAGGUAUGACGGUUGAGGAUACCGCUCAGAUCAUUGCUGAAAGGCGUCAACAGUAA